AUGCAGACGGUUCAGGACAUUGGUUUCUCGAGAUUGAUUCUGAGAGACAGUCUUGUUCGGCAACAUCCUGAACAACCAAGCAGUCUUUUCCAAGGACAGCAGCUUGCUCCACACGGAGGGGACUCAGGAAAGAGGCAUAUACCUGCCUCCAAAGGUGCAUUCGGAUUGAACUCGUAUAUUGGAAAAUCAGAACGAUGCGUGAUAAUGCAAAUAGUGGCCGUCCUGAAGUCUUCUGCCCUAACUGCUCACUCUGCUCUCAGUGAAGUUCAUUUCUAUGAGGACGAUAAUCUCAAAGAACACGUACCGGCGCUCUGCUGA